CUUCAUGUUUCCUGUUGCAGGUGGGAUGAGACCCCCUCAAGCAGGCCUCAUGCCAAUGCAGCAGCAAGGAUUUCCUAUGGUCUCUGUCAUGCAGCCCAAUAUGCAAAGCAUGAUGGGAAUGAAUUACAGCUCUCAAAUGUCCCAAGGACCCAUUGCAAUGCAGGCAGGAAUACCAAUGGGACCAAUGCCAGCAGCAGGCAUGCCUUUCCUGGGGCAGCCACCAUUUCUGGGCAUGCGUCCUCCAGGCCCACAAUACACUCCAGACAUGCAGAAGCAGUUUGCUGAAGAGCAACAAAAACGAUUUGAACAGCAACAAAAACUCUUAGAGGAAGAAAGGAAAAGACGUCAGUUUGAAGAGCAAAAACAAAAGCUCAGACUUUUGAGUAGCGUGAAACCCAAGACAGGAGAGAAGAACAGAGACGAUGCUUUGGAAGCCAUAAAAGGAAACUUAGAUGGAUUUUCCAGAGAUGCUAAGAUGCACCCUACUCCAGCAUCACACCCCAAGAAACCAGAUUGUCCCACAUCAUCUCAUUCUACUAAAACUGUCUCCCCAUCACCUGCCUUUCUUGACGAAGACGAAUUCAGUGAUUUUAUGCAGGGACCUGUUGAGGUUCCCACUUGUGGGCCCCCUUCCACGGCCGGUCCCUUUCAGUCUUUCCUCCCCACAACCCCACUCGGCCAGUUGCACACACAGAAGGCUGGAGCACAGCCUCUCCCUCCAGGUCAGGUUCCAGUGUCUUUUGCCUUACAUGGUGGCCCUGGGCAAAUUCCUUGUUUCUCUGCUGCUUCAGCUUCACACAGUGUGCAAAAAGCAGGCCCUUCCUUGGAAGAGAAGCUCCUAGUAUCUUGUGAUUUAAGUACAUCUGGGCAGGAACAAAUUAAAUUAAACACUCCUGAAGUUGGGCAAAAAGCCAUAGUCCCAGGUUCCAGUAAGAACUGCCCCAGUUUAAUGGCCCGUAACGGGGGUGCCGUAGAUGGAUGUGUAAGUGGUCUCACCACUGCAGAGGCAGAAAAGACUUCAGACCAAAACCUGCCGAAUGGAGAGAGUGGGGUGGCCGUGUUUCCCUCUCAGGAUCCUGUUCAGCCCAGAAUGCCUCCUUGGAUUUACAAUGAGAGUUUGGUUCCAGAUGCCUAUAAGAAAAUUUUAGAAACUACAAUGACUCCAACUGGAAUAGAUACUGCUAAACUUUAUCCCAUUCUGAUGUCAUCUGGACUUCCCAGGGAAACUCUCGGACAGAUAUGGGCCUUAGCCAAUCGGACUACACCUGGCAAACUUACUAAGGAAGAGCUUUAUACUGUUCUCGCCAUGGUAGCAGUAACACAGAGGGGCGUUCCUGCCAUGAGCCCUGAUGCUUUGAGCCAGUUCCCAGCGGCUCCCAUUCCCACCUUAAGCGGCUUUCCUCUGGCUCUGCCUACCCCAGUGAGCCAGCCGACUGCAAUGCCCUCUGUCCAAGCAGGCUCCAUGCCCCUCAGCCUUGGACAGCCCAUCAUGGGCAUUAACCUUGUUGGACCAGUGGGUGGAGCUGCAGCACCAACUUCCAGUGGCUUCAUGACAGCCUACCCAUCAAAUCAGGUGGGAAAGACAGAAGAAGAUGACUUCCAGGAUUUUCAAGAUGCUUCCAAGUCAGGAUCCCUAGAUGAUUCUUUCACUGACUUCCAAGAGGUGCCUGCUUCCUCAAAAACAAGUAAUUCCCAGCAUGGAAACAG